GAGGCCGCUUCCGGGCCGGAGCGGGGCGGGAGAGCGCGAGGAUGAGCGGCGCGCGGCGCAGGGAGGAGCCGCCGCACGCGCAGCAGCACGCGGUGGCCAACGGCGGCGCGCGCGGGUCGGUGUGGGGCAAGGCCCUGCGGAGCGACGCGGCCUGGCACGACAAGAUCCAGCUGGCCUGUCAGGCACGAAGGGAAAGGGCAGCGGCAAGAACGGGCUUGUGUGGUGCCACGGCGCGUUCCUGCAGAGGAGCAGCCCUGCGCCGUUGUUCAGCUGUUUGCGUCUGCUUUGCCGCGCCGAACCUCGCCGCUUCCAGUGAACCGGGAGAUUUGGCUUCCACAAAAUUUCAUGUGUGCUCAGCUUUGGUUUGUGUUUGCCACAAGCCUUCCAAGUGUGGGUGAAAACGUGUCAGCCACAGGCUUCCCGGUGGUUUCAGCGCUAGUGAGGCUUUUGUUGUGUGUGCCUCUUCCUGCUGCCCCCAGCGCGCAGGCACGGGGUCCUUGGUCCCGCCGUGUCCCAGCCGGGCACGCCGUGUGUGGCGCAGCGCCGCGUCUCCUCCCCAGUUUGCCGGCUUGGAGAAGGUGCGGACGCCGUCCUGCUGUUCUCUGGGGGACAGACGUGAGUCUGUGUCACUGUUUUCUUAUCAGUUGCUGUUGCUCGCAGAGCUGGUGGAGCUCUCCUGUACUCAGCCUCGCGCCCCUCUGACAAACUGGGCAGGAAUUUCGGAGUUAGCGAGAGGAGCAAUGACAGUGCAACAGGAUGUGAACUGAAGGCUAAAAUGACUGAGAGGCCUCAUCUGACAUGGAUUCUGGUCUUCCACGUGGAGCCAAACAACUUUGCCCAUCCUACAGUUAAAAUCACAAGGGCCGUUGGUGUUUGGGGUGUGCUGGGGCAAUCCUGUCCUCGGGGGGGCGGAAAAACAGAUGUGAGCGGAAGUGAAUUUUGUUUAAAGCGUGAGUCAGCGUUGUGCAGCUGCGGGACUUACAGCCGUGUGGGCCCUACGGGCGCACAGGAGCGCCUGCCUCCGCUGCUCCGGAGGAACGCAGAGGUGCCGGCACAACGUGACGAGUUUUUAGAUGUGAUCUACUGGUUCCGGCAGAUCAUUGCAGUUAUUUUGGGAAUCAUCUGGGGAGUAGUUCCACUGAAGGGAUUCGUGGGAAUAGCAGUAUUCUGCCUGAUCAAUGCUGGUGUUCUGUACCUCUACUUCAGUAGCUUCCAGCAGAUAGAUGAGGAGGAGUAUGGCGGGACGUGGGAGCUAACGAAGGAAGGAUUCAUGACAUCUUUUGCACUGUUUCUGGUUGUUUGGAUAAUCUUCUAUACUGCCAUCCACUACGAUUGACACGGUCUGCAGCUUCUGCCUGUUUAAUCAGUCACCAGUGAAUUGAGGAGGUUUUAAUGAAUCAUAGUCUUUAGUGGACUGGUGGGAAGGUCGGGGAAGUCCCAUCAUUCCCUUCCGUACCAGUGGUCUGAUGAACCGGGAAGAGCCCCAACUUUUCUGCUGGAGAAGCCCGUCUCUGUUUUAUAUAAUGUUAAUUGUUGGAACUAUUAAAAAAGCCAUUGGAAUUUUUGGCAGUGGUUCAAGACUGUUCAAAUUUUGAACUUUCUGUGACUCUAGCCAGUAAUUCUAUCAAACUCCUGUGUGCUGAAGGUUGAAUCUGUUAAUUUAAUGUAUGUGUGCCCUUCUGUCUGAAUUCUGUCAUUAAAUCCUGACUUGUCUUCCAUUGUUGUCCUUCAGACAAACAGUUCUGACCAAGCAGUUGUAGGGGACGUGGGCGGCCGGCGCUGCGCCAGCUGGGAUACGCGUUGAGUGGCUGUCCUUAGCGCGUUUUUGUACUCAUCAGAUCCGACUUGAUUGAACAGACUGUGUUGGUACCAUUUCUAAUAUUCUUCGUUUUAUUUGCAAAUCAGUUGUUGACCAGAAUUUUUAACUUGUCUUUGUUGAAGACAGAUUUUUAAGCAACUUUACUAGAAAGAAUUGUGAUUCUUUUGGUUAAUGAAGGUUUAACUUGGGGGGUGUUCAAGAGGCUUAGAGACUCCACAGCAUUCUGCUAGCCUGACCAGGUUACCAGCACGUACCUCAGAGCUCAGUAGUCCUGAAGGACAGUCAUUCUGGAGAUACAGCCUUUUAAAUGUUAAGCAUUUAAUUUCUUUUUUUAUUUUAAAGCUAUUGAAUUCAACUGCUCCUCGUUAAUAACUGCAGGAGAUUAAGACACAACUGAGGCAGCUAUUAUCUUAAACACAGAUUUACUAACUUGCAAAUCAGGCAAUGUAUUGUACAUUUCCUCUGGUUUGUGAGGUGCUUUUUAUGAGUUGAUCGCUUCAUAGCUCAGUUCCUCCUUAGUCGUGCCCUUUUUGUGCAUCAAUGGGGGAGUCUCUGCAUUAAGGUAUUUUUAAGGACAUGUAUUUCAGAAAUAGCUCUUGGGAAACACGCACAGUCCUUGUUCUUGUCGGAGGACCUUGUCGUCCUGUUGCCAUGUGGUCCUUGCUUUUCUAAACAACAGCUCAGGCACCCAAGAAGUCCUGACCUAAAGCUGCCUUAUAGUGAGGAGUUGGUAGGUUUAGCGCGCUCUUGCUGAACGUCUGCGUUGCAUCCUCGCUGGUGGAGUUCAACAUCCUGUUCUCACGCGUGAGUACGCGAAGCCAGACAUCUGUGUCUGUAAGCGCUGUGCUGGGGGUCCAGAAUCGCCCACCGGUGCAGGUCUCCAUUCUGACCAGGGAAAAUGCUGCCUGUUCUUGGUGGAACAAACACCCUGGGCUGCCAAGGGAAGAGUGCAAUAGCAGACACCUGCUGCUUGUGACCUGCCAGUUUAAGUAAGUGAUCUCAAGCAAAAACUUACAUAAUUGCUCCUCCCCAGCCCCAAACUUGCUCAGCUUUUUAGUCUGAUCCUCUGCUUUCAGCUGAAAGCAUUAAUUUCCCCACAAGAAUUGCAUAGCCUGCUCGUUCUAGGUCACCCUCUCCUACUGGCAUCUGUUGCAUCACAGCCAUCAGUAAAAUCAUUGUAUACAUGAAAUGCUCUAAUAAAUGUCGCCUGGAUAAUCCAC